CAUCAUUGCUUUAUGGUGGUUGACCGUGUGGGAUUCGCAAGUUUUAUUGCGUUUUCCAUGUUCUGAAAAGCAGAGUUGGAAUGAUGGGUCAAUGAUGGUGGCAGGUUGGCAGGGUGGCAGGGUCACGUGGUUUUGACUGGUAAAUGAUGGGUGUCGCAAGUUUAUCUGCGAAUCCAAUAAACUGAUUUUGCAUGGGCGACACGAGGCAUGCAUGCAUGAUUGACAUGGGUCUCACAACAUUUGUUGCGAAUUGACUUGGCUAUUAGUGGCGGUCUGAAACCCCUAUAAAUAGACCGCCACUAUCCAACUUCAACUUCCACUAUCAUCCCAACCUCUUCACAACCUCAACUCUCAUCACAACCUCUUCCUUUUGUUCAAUUUCAUUCAUCCUCAACCUCUCUCAAGCUAAAUGGCCGACCAAGAAGUGGUCAAAUUGGGUCCGAGGAAUGAUAGUGUGUUGUAUUUGCAAAAAGAUGGCAAGCACGUGUCUAUUGGUGCGUGGAACCAAAUAAAUAGAAUUCUGAAAGUGAGAAAAUAUCGGGAUUUUCGAGAUUUUAUUCCCGCUGAAAUUGUAGGCCACCUUCGUCAAGCCGGAUUUUACGAAGCCGCCUUAGCUGGGUCUCUGAAACUUGACAAAGUUUUAAUAUCAGCUAUGGUGGAGCGAUGGAGGCAUGAGACACACCCGUUCCAUAUGCCGUUCGGAGAGUGUACUAUCACUCUGCAAGAUGUUGCUGUUCAUCUUGGCUUACCCAUUGAUGGGAAUCCUGUCACCGGAGUUACUUGGUGUGAUUGGUCUUAGCUUGUAGAGGACUUGCUCAGAGUGGUGCCACCCGCCAGUGCUAUCAAAGGAGGUGGCUUGAAGUUGGUUUGGCUAGGUGAGCAAUUUAAUUUUCAUAAUCUAGGCGGUGCCGACCCGAUACAACUUAUGUAUGCUGCAAGAGCAUACAUCUUGCGACUAAUUGGUACUUUCUUACUAUGUGACCACACCGGUUCACAUGUCCCUCUUAGAUAUCUCAUUCUCUUACGAGACUUUGAGGAGACCGCAAAGUAUAGUUGGGGUUCAGCCGUACUAGCACUUCUCUAUCAUGAGUUGUGCUAUGCAACCGGUGCUUCACGUACAGAGAUUGGCGGCUGUGCUUAUUUGAUACAAGUGUGGGCAUGGCUAAGGAUUCCAGGAAUCGGCCCGGAUCCACCGAGGCUGCACCGUGGCCUCCCACUCGCGGCAAGAUGGAGGGACCCGGACCCGAAAAAACCAAUAAAGUGGGCAAAGAAGCAAAUCGAGUGGUGGCGCACCAAAUUAGACGAAUGUAAUGUUUCGCUUCAGAUGCAUGGACCUUCUCCGACCUUCGAAUAUGGCACCUUGGUCGCCAUGGACAACCCUACCAUCGUAAUACACAAAAGUAAAUAACUUGAUCCAUUGCAAAGGUUUUUUUCGUUACAGAAACGUUAUGAAAUGCAGGAGAUUGAAGUUUUGAAAAUAUUCAAGUGUAUUUUUCGUAGAAGAAAGUUAUGAGACUCAGGAGUUUCAAGUUAUGAACUUAUAGUGUUUUGAAUUCGCAAAAAAAAUUGAGAAUCUAGUCAAUCUCGCUUAUUUUGUCAUUUUGUAUAUCCUGGAUUCGCAAAAAAAAUUGAGAAUUCAAUAUUAGCCAUUCCUUUCCCUCCA